AAUAGUUUGUAAAGUAAACAUUGAACAAAUCUAUAAAAAUUUUUACUUCACUAUUAACCCCUAUUUUCGAAAUGGAUUAAUUUUAUGUUCGAAAACUUUGAUCGAAAAUUAAAUUCGAUUUUAAAUUAUUAUUUAAUAAUUUAGUUCAAAAUUUUGCUUUUUAUAUUUUUUUAACCUAAAAGUUUAGUUUCAUAACCUAGAAAAAUGAAUUUUUCAUUAACGAAAUUGAUCCAAAAUGCUGGAAAAUUUAUGUACCCAAAAAUAUCGUCCACAAUGUUGUAUUCAACGUCGGCACCUGCAACGUCUGUUUCUCCAGCUCCCGUUUCAAUUCCAACAGUGGCUGCCCCCGAUAAAUUAUAUAGCACUAUUGAACUAGAAAUGCGAGGGCAUGACCCGGCAGUAUUAAAAAGUUAUGCAUGGUAUUUAGCACAAGCUGCCCAAUUAUUAAAUAUACCAGUGGGUAAAAAUUACGCUUUACGUAAGGCUGAUAAAGAUCGAUAUACAUUACUAAAAUCAGUACAUAUUUAUAAAAAGCAUCGUGUACAGUAUGAAAUUCGAACAUAUUUUCGAUUUUUACAUUUACAUCGAUUAACUGGUUCAACAGCGGAUACAUAUUUAGAAUACAUUGAACGAAAUUUACCAGAAGGUGUUAGUUUAAAAGUUACAAAGGUGGAGAUACAGCCAUUACCAGAACAUUUAGAAAUUGUAGAAAAAACGGUUUAAUAUUUUGUUUUUAAAUAGUUGUUUUCAGUUUUUGUUAGUCAAUUCACAUUAUAUUUAAAUAAACUUGAGAUUGUACAUACAUGCAUUGUAUAAGUUUUGGAAUUAAGAAAUUAUUUUGAAAUUAGGUGUAUUAAAUUGUAAUGGACUGGAUUUUCAUUUUUCUUGUAAUGUGACCGCAUUACUGCAAACCUGAAAAUGUCAGGGAAUUCAAAUGCUACUGUAAAAAUCAUGGAAGUUCUAAAAAAAUUUUUUUAAUUAUUUUUUUUAUAUGAAUUAUUUAAAAUAAUGGCGAAUGUGAAUGUGUUAUCUUAAUAGUCAUAUUAUAUAUUUAAUAUUACGA